CGGAACGGUUGUGCGUAAGGACGGCGGGUCAGCUGACAGCUAUCAGAGGACCAGGAGGAAGGAGCGGAAUUAGCGGGUGUGUGAACUGGGAAGCCGCUGGAUCCUGAUAUAGGCUAUAUCCAAGCCAAACGGGGAGCGAAAGACUGGUGGCGUUCGUGAGAGAACUCGGGCGGGGUUUGGUUUCACCAUGGCCAGUUGGGACUGAGAAGCAGCCACAAUGAUUGGAGGAUUGUUCAUAUACAACCACAAGGGGGAGGUCCUCAUCUCCCGGGUCUACCGAGAUGACAUUGGGCGUAAUGCGGUGGAUGCGUUCCGUGUGAACGUGAUUCACGCCCGGCAGCAGGUUCGAUCCCCGGUGACCAACAUUGCACGCACCAGCUUCUUUCAUGUCAAGCGCUCCAACAUCUGGUUGGCGGCGGUCACCAAGCAGAAUGUCAACGCCGCCAUGGUGUUCGAGUUCCUCUACAAGAUGUGUGACGUCAUGACGGCCUACUUUGGCAAGAUCAGCGAGGAGAACAUCAAGAACAACUUUGUGCUCAUCUACGAGCUGCUGGACGAGAUCCUGGACUUUGGCUACCCCCAGAACUCAGAGACAGGAGCUCUGAAGACCUUCAUCACCCAGCAGGGCAUUAAGGGACAGCACCAGACAAAAGAGGAGCAGUCUCAGAUCACCAGCCAGGUGACGGGGCAGAUCGGCUGGCGUCGCGAGGGCAUCAAGUAUCGCCGCAAUGAGCUUUUCCUGGAUGUACUGGAGAGCGUCAACCUGCUCAUGUCACCUCAAGGCCAGGUCCUGAGCGCGCACGUGUCGGGCCGAGUAGUUAUGAAGAGCUACCUGAGUGGAAUGCCCGAGUGCAAAUUUGGCAUGAACGACAAGAUUGUCAUCGACAAGCAGGGCAAGGGAGGAGCCUCUGACGAAGCAGGAAAGAGUGAUUUAGGGGGAGGAAGUGGGAAGCAGUCCAUAGCCAUCGACGACUGCACUUUUCACCAGUGUGUGCGCCUCAGUAAGUUUGACUCAGAGCGUAGCAUCAGCUUCAUCCCCCCUGAUGGAGAGUAUGAGCUCAUGAGGUAUCGCACCACUAAAGACAUCAUCCUGCCGUUCCGAGUUAUUCCUCUGGUCAGGGAGGUUGGACGCACUAAACUGGAGGUCAAGGUGGUCAUCAAGUCCAACUUCAAACCCUCGCUGCUGGCCCAAAAGAUCGAGGUGCGUAUCCCAACACCCCUCAACACCAGCGGUGUGCAGGUGAUUUGUAUGAAGGGAAAAGCCAAGUAUAAGGCCAGUGAGAACGCCAUUGUCUGGAAGAUCAAACGCAUGGCUGGGAUGAAGGAGUCUCAGAUCAGCGCUGAGAUCGAGCUGCUGCCGACCAACGAUAAGAAGAAAUGGGCCAGGCCUCCCAUCUCUAUGAACUUUGAGGUUCCUUUUGCUCCCUCCGGUCUGAAGGUGCGUUACUUGAAGGUGUUUGAGUCUAAGCUCAACUACAGUGACCACGAUGUCAUAAAAUGGGUGCGGUACAUCGGCCGCUCCGGCAUCUACGAAACGCGCUGCUAAAGUUCAACCCCACCAGGCAGCGAACUGACCACUUCUCCUCCCAUCUAUCUUGUUAAGAUUUUUUUCUUCUGCCCCCUUCCUACUUUGUCUCUCUCUCUCUUCCUCCCCUCAAACCUUAUAGCUUCUCUCAUACACCCCUCUCCCCCUCCACCACCCUCACCCCUUCCUAACUAGGUGUUGGAGAUUGAAUUUACAUCGUUUAAAAAAAAGUAAAUAUGAUAUAAUGCACAGAUAUAUGCAAAAUGUGAACCAUUGUAUCGUAUAUAUCUCGUAGUGAUGAGUAAACCUGUAAACCAACUGGUGUCCGAAAGAAAAAGACAAGCGAUGCAGGUAGGGACCAGGGGGAGAGGACUGGAAGCACCUUUUGGUGUCUUUUUAAAGGGUGCCCUGUCGUGUUUAUUCAGUGUUAUUGUUCCACUAUCUUCUCUCCAGUUACUUUUAGAAGCCCCACAAAUCCUCAAGUAAUCACUGGUAAGAUGAUUUGUAGCUGUUGUGGUUUAAAAUGAAUCCUGAUAUAGUUCCUGUGUGUGAACCUCUGUCUCAGUAGAGUCUACCCUUUAAAUUGAGAUGCAUUUUCUGAUUCUGUAUUGUGGACUGAUUGAUAUUUCAUCUGUGUUUUUGGUCAUUUGGAUCAAAAGUCUCAUUUCAACGUCUCUUACGGGUAGUUAGGAAAGAGAAGGAAUUGAUAGUGACCGAGCUGUUUUUGUACUUUUCUGGAGAGUGUAUUGUUUCUUCUUCCCCCCGCUAUUCUUCCACCAUUAGAUUUACCAGCAUUCAGUGAGCUAAGGUCAAAGUAAAGUUAAAAACAUAGGGGAAACAUUCCAGAUAAUUUUGAGGUUUGACCAUCAUCCCGAUAAGCUAGAACGUGACCUACAUUUCCUGUUUCUUAAGCACUGAGUCACACUAGUUUGAUUCAAAGAUGCUCUUGGGAAAUCUGGCACUGGGAGUGUUUGCAGUGAGGUGAGGUGAGGUCUCCCCCUGGUGUUUGCCUCAUCACUGUCUGCUUCUUCAUGUUUGUAGCCCUGGUGACCGUUCUGUCCAAUAAAAUCUGACUAUGUAACCAA